AUGCCUACUGAAGCUUCUAGCUCUAGAGACUCAUAUUAUUCGUCUUUAUUUGAUGAAUACAUGGCUGCUUCACCACGUGAAUCAACAUGGAGCCAUACUACUAUUAAUUCUGUUAAAAAACGACCUUCGCUUAAUUUACAUCUUCGUGAUACUAGCAUAAGCAGUUUAAAACGACAACCAUCAUUUGAUUGUCCUACUCCUGCAUUAUCUUUAUUUAAAAAUACUCCUAAUUAUUCAAAUCCGAUUAAUUCAGUAUUUCAUUAUACUAUUAACGGUGCUUUUUCUCCACCUCCACCUCCCAAUUUUGAAGAACGUACAAAUGGUUUAAAUGUACCUAAGGAAUACUUAAGAGAAAAUAAUAGAAGUAGGACACCAUCUCUAUCUGGAAGUAGUGUUAAUGAAGAUCGAAAUAAUGUUCAUAGUAAUAAUAAUCGAGCGAAACAUUCUUCGGCUAGUAGUGAUGAAAAUGUACCAAUAGGUACUCCUCCUAAGCAUUCUAUUUCUCGUCAAAAUUCCUCCUCUAAUCUUCAUCCUGGUUCCGUAAAGGUGCAACAUCGAUAUGGUUUCAAAAAAUCUUAUCAAUGGAUAAGCAACAAAGAAUAUGUGGAUUUUGAAGCUUCUUAUUCACAUGUUUUACAACGAAGAAAAAUUAAAUGGGAAACAGUAUUAAAUGAAAAUGGAGGAAUGAUACCAAAUAAAUGUUCUAAAACUCAAGAUCCUCGAUUGGAAAAUGAAUAUUUCGAAGUGAUCGAACGAGACCUUCACCGCACGUUUCCUGAAAAUAUUAAAUUUAAAUCUACUGUCGUAUCUGAUGAUGGCAAUUCACCUGUUCUCUCAACAGACAACGUUCCAAUUAUUCAAUCCCUUCGUCGUGUUCUCACUGCCUUUUCACUAUAUUCCCCAAAUAUCGGUUAUUGUCAAUCCCUUAACUACGUAGCCGGAAUUCUUUUAUUAUUUAUGGAUGAAGAGAAGGCAUUUUGGAUGUUAGUGACUAUUAUUCACGAUUAUUUACCAGAGAAUAUGUAUGAUGUAACAAUGGAAGGUUCGAAUGUCGAUCAGGCCGUUCUCAUGUCACUUAUUAUGAGAAAGAUGCCUGAAAUUUGGAAUAAGAUGAAUGGUGGUGUCAAUUGUGAUAUAGAAAAAUCGGAUGGAAAUAUGCCAACAAUUACCCUAGUAACUAGUCAUUGGUUCUUAACUCUUUAUAUCAAUAUUUUACCAAUUGAG